AUGCCAGAAAAGGAACUCGAAUAUAUCCGCUCCAACGAGGCGGCAGGUUCUGAUGAGAAGAACGGUGGCGUUUACGUUGAUGCUUUUGAAAAGUCCCUGGCUAAGGAAAGUGGAUGGACCAAAUUCAAAAAUGGGUUCAAGCCAUACGAGCAAGAAGAAUUGGGACUCGAUCCUAAUCUUACUGAUGUGGAGAAGAUGGCCAUCAUGACUGCUAACUCUCCGCUCUCUCGUUCUCUUAAAAAUCGUCAUUUGCAAAUGAUUGCCAUUGGUGGUUCCAUUGGUACUGGUUUGUUUAUUGGUUCCGGUAGCGUGUUGAGUACUGGAGGUCCAGGUGGUGUGUUAAUUGCUUACUGUCUUAUCGGUUCGAUGAUGUACUGUACUGUUCAAUCCUUGGGUGAACUUGCUAUCACCUUCCCUGUGGCUGGUGCGUUCGUCACUUACAAUACCAGAUUUAUCGACCCAUCUUGGGGUUUCACUAUGGCUUGGAAUUACGCUAUGCAAUGGUUGGUUGUGUUACCUUUGGAAUUGGUGGCUGCAGCUGUCACUAUUCAGUUCUGGCAAAGUACAAUUAAUCCGGUGGCUUGGGUGGCUAUCUUCUAUGUGUUGAUCUUGUCGAUUAAUUUCUUUGGUGUGAGAGGUUAUGGUGAAGCUGAGUUCACCUUUUCGCUCAUUAAAGUUCUUGCCGUUGUUGGAUUCAUCUUCUUUGGUAUCAUUGUCACGGCUGGUGGUGGCCCAAACCACCAUUACUAUGGUGGACACUACUACCACGACCCUGGUUCGUUUGCCAAUGGUUUCAAAGGUGUUUGUUCCGUGUUUGUAACUGCCGCUUUUGCUUUCGCUGGUACCGAAUUGGUUGGUUUGGCUGCUGCUGAGACCAGCAACCCAAGAAAAUCGUUGCCAAAAGCUACCAAGCAGGUGUUCUGGAGAAUCACCUUGUUCUACGUGGUUUCCUUGGUUCUUGUUGGUUGCUUGGUGCCCUACACUGAUCCUAGAUUGGGUCUGGGUUCUUCAAGUGUCGAUGCCAGGGCUUCGCCUUUUGUCAUUGCUAUCAAGAAUCAAGGUGUUUCUGGCUUACCAAGUGUGAUGAACGUGGUGAUUAUGAUCGCGGUGUUGUCCGUGGGUAAUUCUUCCGUGUUUGCAUCCUCCAGAACCUUGGCUGCAUUGGCGUGUGCUGGACAUGCUCCAAAGUUCCUUGGUUACAUCGACAGGGCUGGUCGUCCAUUAUGGGGAAUUGUUGUGCAAUUGUUGUUCGGUUUACUUUGCUUCUUGGCUGCUUCUUCUGAGCGUUUCACCGUGUUGAACUGGAUGUUGGCUUUGUCUGGUUUGUCUUCGGUUUUCACCUGGAUGAGUAUCAACAUUUGUCACAUUAGAUUCAGAAGAGCUCUCAAAGUCCAAGGUAGAGAUACUUCCGAAAUCACAUACACUUCUCAAGUGGGUGUCAUUGGUGCUUACUACGGUGCCAUUCUUAACUUUUUGGUGUUGGUUGCCCAAUUCUGGAUUGCCGUAUGGCCAUUGGGAAAAAAGCCUAAUGCCGAAGAUUUCUUCAUGUCUUACUUGGGUUUCGUUGUGAUCAUCUUUUUCUACAUUAUUCACAAGGUGUUCUGGGCCAGAAACUUCCAUGUGUUCCAUCGGGCUAAGGAUAUCGAUAUCGAUACUGGUAGAAGAGAAUUGGAUCUCGAGUUGGUCAAACAAGAGAUUGCCGAAGAGAAGGCACAUAUUGCCGCAAAACCUUUCUAUGCUAGAAUUUACCACUUCUGGUGUUAG